CGGCUCCGCGCCGCUGCCUCCGCCGUCUGUCCCCGCGCCAGCGCUGCGCCGUCCCCGGCGGGUGCCAGCUGCCGGGCCGGGGCUUCGCGGGACUCCGGGUCUCACGGUCCUCCUCGGAGCGCAGGCGAGGCGCGAUAGACGAUGAGCAGCCACGGGAACAGCCUGUUCCUGCGGGAGAGCGGCCAGCGGCUGGGCCGCGCGGGCUGGCUGCAGCGGCUGCGGGAGAGCCUGCAGCAGCGGGCCCUGCGCACGCGCCUGCGCCUGCAGACCCUGACGCGGGAGCACGUGCUGCGCUUCCUGCGCCGGAACGCCUUCAUCCUGCUGACCGUCAGCGCCGUGGUGCUGGGGGUGAGCCUGGCCUUUGCCCUGCGUCCGUACCAGCUUACCUACCGCCAGAUCAAGUACUUCUCUUUCCCUGGAGAGCUGCUCAUGAGGAUGCUGCAGAUGCUGGUGCUGCCACUCAUCGUCUCCAGCCUGGUCACAGGUAUGGCGUCCCUGGAUAACAAGGCGACAGGGCGGAUGGGGAUGCGGGCAGCUGUAUACUACAUGGUGACCACGGUCAUCGCAGUCUUCAUCGGCAUCCUCAUGGUCACCAUCAUCCAUCCUGGGAAGGGCUCCAAGGAGGGGCUGCACCGCGAGGGUCGGAUCGAGACCAUCCCUACAGCCGAUGCCUUCAUGGACCUGGUCAGAAAUAUGUUUCCGCCCAACCUUGUGGAGGCCUGCUUCAAACAGUUCAAGACGCAGUACAGCACGAGGUUGGUAACCAGGACCAUUGUGAGGACAGAGAACGGAUCUGAGCUGGGCCCCUCCGUGCCUCCUCUAUCCUCAAUGGAGAAUGGAAGCAGCCUCCUGGAAAAUGUCACGCGGGCCUUGGGCACCUUGCAGGAGGUGCUGAGCUUUGAGGAGACUGUGCCUGUGCCUGGCUCGGCCAAUGGCAUCAAUGCCCUGGGCCUUGUGGUCUUCUCUGUGGCCUUCGGGCUGGUCAUCGGUGGCAUGAAACACAAGGGCCGAGUCCUGCGAGACUUCUUUGACAGCCUCAAUGAGGCUAUUAUGAGGCUGGUGGGCAUCAUUAUCUGGUAUGCACCUGUGGGCAUCCUGUUCCUAAUUGCUGGGAAGAUCCUAGAGAUGGAAGACAUGGCCGUCCUAGGGGGUCAGCUGGGCAUGUACACCUUGACCGUCAUCGUGGGCUUGUUCCUCCAUGCUGGCGGCGUCCUGCCUCUCAUCUACUUCCUCAUCACCCACCGGAACCCUUUCCCCUUCAUUGGGGGUGUGCUGCAGGCCCUCAUCACCGCCAUGGGCACAUCUUCCAGCUCCGCGACACUGCCUAUCACCUUCCGCUGUCUGGAAGAGGGCCUGGGUGUGGACCGCCGCAUCACCAGAUUCGUGCUACCUGUGGGGGCCACCGUCAACAUGGACGGCACUGCCCUCUAUGAAGCCCUGGCCGCCAUCUUCAUCGCCCAAGUCAACAACUAUGAGCUCAACCUGGGCCAGAUCACAACUAUCAGUAUCACAGCUACAGCAGCCAGUGUGGGGGCUGCUGGCAUCCCCCAGGCGGGUCUGGUCACCAUGGUCAUUGUGCUCACGUCGGUCGGCCUGCCCACUGAAGACAUCACGCUGAUCAUAGCUGUGGACUGGUUUCUUGACCGACUUCGCACCAUGACUAAUGUGCUGGGGGACUCGAUCGGAGCAGCUGUCAUUGAGCAUUUGUCUCAGCGGGAGCUGGAGCUGCAGGAAGCUGAGCUCACCCUCCCCAGCCUGGGGAAGCCAUACAAGUCACUCAUGGCACAAGAGAAGGGGGCAUCCAGGGGGCGGGGAGGCAACGAGAGUGCCAUGUGAGGGGUCCCCAGCUCUGCUGCCCAGAGGUGGGGGGAGGGGCUGGGGAGGGAGGUCCUGGGGAAGAUCCACUGCCUGGAUGGCCAUGCACUGAACACCUGUGUUCUGUCUGGAUGGCCAUGCACUGAACACCUGUGUUCUGUCUGGAUGGCCAUGCACUGAACACCUGUGUUCUGUCUGGAUGGCCAUGCACUGAACACCUGUGUUCUGUCUGGAUGGCCAUGCACUGAACACCUGUGUUCUGUCUGGAUGGCCAUGCACUGAACACCUGUGUUCUGUCUGGAUGGCCAUGCACUGAACACCUGUGUUCUGUCUGGAUGGCCAUGCACUGAACACCUGUGUUCUGUCUGGAUGGCCAUGCACUGAACACCUGUGUUCUGUCUGGAUGGCCAUGCACUGAACACCUGUGUUCUGUCUGGAUGGCCAUGCACUGAACACCUGUGUUCUGUCUGGAUGGCCAUGCACUGAACACCUGUGUUCUGUCUGGAUGGCCAUGCACUGAACACCUGUGUUCUGUCUGGAUGGCCAUGCACUGAACACCUGUGUUCUGUCUGGAUGGCCAUGCACUGAACACCUGUGUUCUGUCUGGCAUGUUUGGGGGAGACUGGGAUAAAAGAGCAGGAAUGAGAGGGGUGUGAGGUCUCCAUUUCUCUCUGAGUGUAUGCUGAGAGCUUGAGGGCGGGUCAUGAGCGAGGCAGGGAGGAACUAUUUCUCCUGGGAUUGGGGAUACAGGAAGCUUCAGGCUCAACCAAGAGAAGGAUCAGCUCAUGUGCCUCAUUUUCUCGAGGAGUGGUGGAACUGAAGAAGGAAAAGGAAAACCUCUGUUUCUCAUAAUAAAGCAAUAUCCAUGGCCUCUGUGGAGGGGUCCCCAAGACCA